UCUCUCUCCUCAUCCCUCUCCUCAUCCCUCUCCUCAUCCCACGCCUGUAGCACUCCGUCCUUCUCAAUCCUUACCGUCUUCAUCUCCGUCGGACGUUUUAUCUAUCUACACACCACCUGUCUCUCCUGUAGCUAGCCUAUGGCUUUCAUAAGAGCACCCACCUCCUCACCGGUGGCAGCUGGCGUCCGUCACAGCAAGCAAUGGCGGACAAGUCCACGCUGCCUAGUUGUCGCCCUCUCCACCUCCUUCAUCAUCUUCAAUUGGCUUGUCUUUCAUGUCUUCCAGGGCCGCAACGUAGAUCCCAACAUCGAAUCUGCCUCCUCCCCCUCAUACUCUGCCCCUUAUUCUGCAAAUCCUUCUGCAUCUUCCUCAGGAAACGAUCCCUCAUUCAGCAGCAAGCCUGACUGGCUUGCUCACUGGAUUCGGUGGAGAGGCCUUGAUCCUGGGUUCGCAGAACAGGACCAGACCUCGCUUCGAUUCGAUAUCGUCUACACAUGGGUCAACGGCUCCGAUCCAGAGCUACAGCGCUUACGGCUUGAACGCCAAGCUCAAUCACCCCUUUUCGCACAAGUCCUGGCCAAUGAUCCAAAGACCAUUGAUGCCACCACCACCAAGCGGUUCCGCGAUAUGGAUGAGCUGCGGUACUCGGUCCGGUCGGUCUACGAGUAUGCUAGGGACAUGUACCGCCAUGUUCAUAUUCUGACGACAGUGGUGGGGCCCGGUCAGGGGCAGACGCCCGAUUGGCUAGAUCUCACACGAGGUACUGUUGUCCGAACUGUGCACCACACGACUAUUUUUGAAAAUCAGACCUACCUCCCCUCGUUCAACAGUCUGGCGAUCGAGAGCCAGAUGCACCACAUCCCUGGCGUUACAGAUGUCUUCAUGUACCUGAACGAUGAUGUCUUCCUCGGCACGACCAUGCUGCCCUCCGACAUCUGGACACCGCUCUACGGGUUUGUCUUCCACAUGGAGGGCUCGCUGCUUGUGCCUCCGACGAUCCGUCCCUCCGAAAGCAACCCGCUCAAUGUCGGAGAGUGGAACUCGCUCCAAUACUCCAAUUUUUUGCUGUCGCAACGCUUUGGCCCUCGUUAUCGCGCGUACCUGGCUCACGUUCCCCACGUCCUCAGCGUGCCCAUACUUAAGGAGAUCCAGGCACAAUGGCCCGACGACUUUGACCGGACGAGCUCCCACAGGUUCCGAGGAGAGGGAGAGGCCAAAGACAUCCAGGUCUCCUUUUUCAUGGCCCAUUACGUCCUCGAAAAGCUUCGCGAGACCCAGCUCGAGUCCUAUUGGUGGCAUCGUCUGGACAACAACCAAGAUGGCAGCCUGAACUGGAGCGAGCGCGAAAAGCUUAUCCGUCUGGUUCAGAGCUGGAACCUGAAUCAGCAGCAGCCGGACUCUGCAAAAGUUUAUCACACCCGUCCCACUAUGAUUGCUGGACACGAACAUAUUCUUAAACGGGUCAACAUUCCAAUGAGCGGCUCAACCGAGUACCGACUUGCUGGAUUGGAUGGAUACCCCUUCCUGUUACAAGCUGCCGACACGUCUAGGACGAUACCCCUGACUGUGGCCGUGGUGGAUAGAAAGUUAACGCAGCCCCAGAUUCCUUACAUGAGCUAUGAGCAGCCUCAGAAGAGAACAUGUCGACUGGAUCCAGAAUUCUGCUUUGGGAGCGAUUUCAUGAACCCGGAUGUUCCAUCCAUCUCCAUGGCACAAAGCAAGGAUGUUUUUCAUCGACUUGCGUUUAAAGAGUUUCACUGCGGCGAUUGUCUACUGGAGAUUCUGAUGCAACAUCCAGACACAGGCAUGGGCGCAUGGACACCGACGGACGAGCGAUCUGAGGCGUUCAAGGAUGUGAUGGACAAGGUCGCACGCUACAAUUACGUGCUCGGCACGUCUGAUUAUUCUUUCCUUGCGCUUCAGGGCCCGGAGAGCUCGCAAAAGAACUUGGACACUCUUAUAGAGCGAAAGAAUAGCAAAGCAUUCUUUUGCAUCAACGAUGACUUUGCAAAUGACCCGGUGCUUCAAGGCAAGAUCCAUGGCAUCUUCAAGAACUUUCUCAACACGCGGUUUCCAACAUCCUCACCAUGGGAAAAGAUCCCACCUGAGUAGUCUUCAUUUUCUUCCUCUGCUCUUCUCUCUCCACUGUAAAGAUGACAAUAAUAAGAUCGGC